AUGCCAGGACGCAUGGGGCCUGAAAAGCGCGACUCAGUGCGCAGGGACUCGACUUCACUCACUUCCUUGUCUGAUGAUCUCCCUGAGCUAAUAACUCCAUCACGAAUCCAGACAUACGUGUCUGGUGACAGUAUUAACCGGUCUCCGACUAUUAACCGGCUUCUGGAGAUAAGACCAUGGCGGCCAGUGCAACCCCGGAGCUCUCGCAACCUUACACUCACGCGGGCCACAAACCUAGAGGCCCUGCUUGUCCAAGCUGUUGGUAGCGAGUCUGGGCCAUGCAAACGUUGCGCGCGGGGGCUAGGUCCAUUUGUUGGUUGCAUGGCUCUGGAGGGAUUCCUCAGCGGAUCGUGCGCAAACUGCCAUUUCAACAGCGCCGGACGCUACUGCUCUCUGCGAAGCGAAGACAGAAUCACUCGUCGCCGUCCGCCUGUUCGCGCGCGGAACAGUGCAUUGAGCAGCAGUUGUCCCCGUCGCCAGCGCGCGGCGUCCAAUGUCCCGGAAGGGGAAGCCCCUGCCUCUGAAAGUCCACUAAUCGAUCAUCGACUAGCGCCAAAUCCCUCAUCAACCGCAAAUUCUGCCGGCUUAGCCAGACCUGCUCGUCGCACUGCAACUGAAGCUUUCCGUGAAGAAGACGAAGAACAGGGUCAAGAAGUGAUAGACCGUCGAGCCCGUAGGGCAAGAUUGCUUCAGAUUAUGAAAGUCACCACGCAGAUGCAGGAAGCAAUGACUGAUCUGCUGCGGCUCGUUACGGAGGAGCUUGCGGAGGAAUAA